UGUUAUCAUGACAUAACCUCAAUAAAGUGUUAUUUUCCUAACCCGAUAUUUACCCGAAUGUAACUUCAUUAUAUUUUAAAUGGAUAAAAAAUUUUCAUUACAAUUUCCUUCACGGAUUUCUUAUCACAUUUGUGUCAUUUUAAUUUAGCAUCAAUAUAUUCAAAAUGUUUUGUUGACCAGCCCUAUUCCCAAAGAAAAACACACCAGCCUUUGAAAAAUUAUCAUAUACUGUAAUUUUUAAGUGUUGUGUAAGGUGAAAAAAGUUCAUAAUGAAUUCAUGGAUAAAAAUCACAACUGAUCACAUUUAUCAUGUGGCAAAAUACAUACCUGUGCGAAAUAUAACAUUGUCAACAAAGCAAAAAGUCGUAGUGAUUUCAUUAACAGCUAGUGUGGCAGUUGUUGGAAUGUUGGCUAGAUAUUUAAGGAGACCAAUAGUAACCAUUAACCGUAAAACUACAAAAUAUAACACACUUGGAAAACGUUCUAGAAUGUCAGGACUGAGAAGUCCAAAUGGUGAUGGAGCUAGUUUUGCCAGUAGUGGACGUCGAAGUGCAGUUUUGAGUAAUUCAUAUGUUAAACAAGGUUCAGUUAUAGCUUGUGAUAAAACCUCUAUAGCCUCAGGAAGUAAUAUAAAUGGAAGUGUAACGUUACAAGAAGGUGUUAAUACAGCAUUGACUCCACAACAGUUGGGUGUUAUGGGCAUGGAAGCUUUAGAAACAUGUAUUACUUAUUGGGAAGAUGCUUUAUCUGCAUAUAGAUCAAAAGAUGCUUCUGGUCCACUCACUGUAUUAGGCCCUGAAGAAGCUAGUUUUUGUAGAGAUUUGCAUCAACUCUUGGAAUCAGCAAUUGAUUUACAAAAUACAUCAGAAAUGCUCUUUUUAGAUGAAAGAUCAGUUCUUUUCAGAGGAGAAUCUACACCUGUACCAGGGCAAGAGGCUGAUAUUUCUGGUGGUGAAAGUUUUGCAUCUGCUCAAGAUAUGGUUGCAGAUCUGAGAGAAUUUGAAGAUUUUUCAGAGUUCUUUCCUGAUUUAGAAGCAUUUCCUUUGUAUCAACAAGCUUUAAAACAAUUAGAAAAUAGUGAGAUACCAUGUAGGUCUUUAAGGACAGAACUAGUCAAGUGUGGGAGUGAUGUGGAAUACUUAGCGAAACUUCACUGUUUGCGGCUAGCUUUUCAACAUAUUUUGCAUGAUCAGAGAAAUUAUGUAUGGUUUGUGGAUGCUGGAAGACAAAUAUUAGUUGACAUGCUGCUUUAUGGAGACAAAGAUCCCAAAGAGUUUUUAAUAGGUUAUGAAGAUUUGCUGAAAUAUAUUCAAGAUCAUAGGAACUGGAAUCAAGUAGAGGACGAAUUGAGAAAUAAAGGUGUGAAAGCUUUAACCUUUUAUGAUAUUGUUUUAGACUAUAUUUUAAUGGACGCCUUCGAGGAUUUGGAUAGUCCACCUUCAUCUGUUACUGCUGUGGUUCAUAAUCGAUGGUUAUCUAACAGUUUCAAAGAAACUGCAUUGACAACAGCUGUUUGGUCUGUAUUGAAAGCAAAGAGGCGAAUGCUCAAAUACCCUACUGGGUUUAUGGCACACUUUUAUACAAUUUCUGAACAACUAAGUCCCUUACUGGCGUGGGGUUUCCUGGGACCUGAUGAAUUACUCAAGGAUACUUGCCUCUAUUUUAAACAACAAGUAAUGGAAUUCCUCAUAGAUAUUUUCAAUUUUCAAAAAUGUAAAUAUAUUACUGUUGAGAGUCUAGCAGAUGAUGUGAUUCAGAAUAUCAAGAUUAGGGUAAAUAAUAUUUGCGAAAGAUUGAGUGUUCAAUUGUGAGCUUUCUAUCAGUAUGUGUAUUUUGUGAUCUUUUUCAUAAUUAAUAAUAUUAAUGCGUAAUUUUAAUAUUCUACAUCAUAAAAAACAAUGAAGUACCUGUUUUUAUUUUUAUUCCGUUAUUAAACGAAUAGAAGUGAUAA